AUGUCAGAUUCCGAGAGUUCCGAGAUUCGCGAGUUCGACUACUCGAACGUGACUUCCGAUCGAGAAAUCGGAGACUCGAGAAGAAGCGAGCUGGACGAGUCCUACGAGAUUUCCGAUGACAAAGCUGCUGUCGCGAACAGCUUGGUAGAGGCCGAAGAGCUCGAGGAGGGCGACGAGGGUUUCCCCGCCGAAGACGACAGAGGCGACGACGACGACGACGACGACGACGACGAAAACGAAGCAGAGGAAGAAUUGGGACGAAUGAGCAAAGACGAACUAGCUGCCCUCGUCGAUCGGUCCCUCCUCGAGUCCGGCGAGGGCUCCGACGAUUCCGAUUGGGAGCCGCCCUAUGACGAAACCGAGGAGAGCUUCGACUACGGGGCCGAGAGCAACGACGGCGAGCACAGCAGCGACUUCGAGAGAAGCGACGACGACGACGACAACGACGUGACCUCGGAGAACUUCGCGAGCGGCCAUCCCAGCGAGUGCGACGAGUACGGCGAAAGUUCCGAUUACGACGAUAGCAGGAACAACUCGGUGAUCGAUUGA